AUGACAUCAACUAUAACAAAGAAAUUUGCACAGAUUGGUAUCAAUGCAUCAAAAGAAGAGCCUAAAAAGGUAAAGGGGGCAGAGGAGAUUGAUAGAACUGUAUUAUUAAUUGGUCUGUGUGGCUCUGGUAAAUCAACACUUGGUAAUGUGUUGGUGUCAGAUGCAGAUCAAUUAAAGGAAAACAGCAAUCUUGUAUCCCCAUUCAAGGUCAAUGAUUCUUCUUAUGGAGACUUGACAGAACUCAAAACUCACUCGGUCACCAAAAUACCCAUCGACAAGAAGCUCAACAUGAACCUCACUGUCAUCGAUACGAUGGGCUUUGGUGACAUUAGAAUCUCAGACAAUGACUUUUUAUAUUCAUUGGCCGAGAUUUGUAUGUUAAUCUAUGAUCAAGGUGUUACUAAUAUAUUUUGGGUAACUCGUGAUCGUUUUGGUGUUGCUGAAGUAUCAUAUUUUCAAAUGUUGGUACAAAUAUUAUUUGAUGAAAGAGUUACUUCUAGAACUACCAUUGUUAGAACUGGAUUUCAAUCAUUCCAAAACUCAAGUGCAACUGAAAAGGAUAUCAAGUCGUUACGUAAAUCAAAUGAAAGAAUCAAAACCAUGGUCGAUGUAACUGAUAUGAUCCACAUUGACAUCCCUCUAAAGGAGGAGAAAUUCGACUACAUGGUGUCAAGAGAAAGAUCACAAAAACAACUCUACAAAUAUUUGUCAAAGGAUUUCCCUCCCUAUCAAUCAACCAUCAUGGUUCAACUUCAAAAAUGUCUUUUCAAGAUAUUUGCCAUCAAAGAAGAAAAAGAGAGUCAACUUCAAGGGGCAACACAAGAGCAACGCCAAUCUCUUUUAGAAACCAUUCAAAAAUGUAAAGAUGGUAUUUGUAAAAUUAUGUCAAAAUACCUUACCUAUGCAGUCCCUGGAUAUGAAAAUGGAAUGACUCUUUCCAAGACUCAAGACAUUCUCAAAGAUUGUAAACUUGGAAAGGUUCGUCCUACAAUUGUAGAGGUCGGUCUCAAUAUUGGAAGUGUGUUAGUUAAUGAAUUAAAAGUUAUUCCAUUUAUUGGUACUACUGCUAAAGUUGGAGUUGCUAUUUAUAAAGGAAUAAAUACCAAUCAAAAAAACUCAACCAAAGAAGCAGAGAAAUUGAAAAGGAAUGAUGAACGUCUCGACAAACAAAUUAAAACUGAACUCCAAAAGGAUAUUGUUGCCAAACUAGGAGAGAUGCAAAGAAACUUGGUCAUCGAAUUGAAAAAAGGUCAAAAGGAUUCAGGUGACUCUGGUACCACCAAAAAAGAAAAAAAGACAACCUCUACAUCUACAAAGAAAAAGAUUGUAAAGUCAUAUGAUGAUGAAGAAGAAGAAGAAGAAGAAGAAGAAGUGGUUCCAAAGAAAAAGACAAUCCCAAAGCCAGCCGCCCAAAAAAAGAAGAAAGUUGUCUUGUCAGAGGAAGAAGAUGAAGAAGAAGAGGUACCAAAGAAAAAAAAGAUAGUCUCAAAACCAGCUGCCCAAAAGAAAAAGAAACAAGUCUUGCCGUCAUCUGAUGAAGAAGAGGAAGAAGAAGAGGAAGAGGAAGAGGAAGAGCUACCAAAGAAAAAGAAGAUAGUAAAGAAAGUGGUCUCGUCAUCUGCUCCAAAGAAAAAGAAGAAAGUGGUCUUGUCAGAGGAAGAAGAGGAAGAGGAAGAAGUACCAAAGAAAAAAAAGACAAUCUCCAAGCCAGCUGCCCCAAAGAAAAAGAAACAGGUCUUGCCGUCAUCUGAUGAAGAAGAGGAAGAAGAAGAAGAGGUACCAAAGAAAAAAAAGAUUGUUUCAAAGCCAGUUGCUCCAAAGAAAGUGGUUUCCUCGUCAUCUACUCUAAAGAAAAAGAAAGUGGUUGUAGAAUCAUCCGAGGAAGAUGAAGCACCAAAGAAAAAGGAGGUACCAAAGAAAAAGAAAGUGGUUGUAGAAUCAUCAGAGGAGGAUGAGGUACCAAAGAAAAAAACUGGUGGUAUUGUUAAAAAGAAAUCACCAGAUUUGGACUUGGACGGUAUUGUCCCCUUGACCAAGGGUAUUGCCAAGAAGGCUGCCAAUUUAAUCUCUGACAAAAAGCCUGCCAAGAAAGCUGCCAGUGUGUCUGACAAAGAACCAGCCAAGAAAGCUGCCACCAAACCUACAGCUGCUACCAAACCUAGUUCCAAACCACCUGUCAAAGAAACCCCUGUUGCUGAAAAGAAGAGACCCACAAAGCCAGACACUAAACCAAGUGCCACAGCUAAACGUCCUCCUUCCAGUGCACCAGCUAAACGUCCUCCUUCAAGUGCACCAGCUAAACGUCCUCCUUCCAGUGCACCAGCUAAACGUCCUCCUUCCAGUGCACCAGCAAAACGUCCUCCUUCCAGUGCACCAGCAAAACGUCCUCCUUUGAGACCAUCACGUGGAGGAGUAGGAGGAGUAGGAGGCCUCAUAGGAGGUCAACGCCCUCGAUCAUCUGGAAGAAGAUCAAAUUCUCGUUCAUCUCUAGAUUAUAAUUCAGAUGAUUCAGAUCGUGAUCACCGAUUGGAUGACAUGUGUGAUGGUGAUGGGACCUUUUUAAAUGAUUUGGGUUAUGAUGAUGACGAUCUUUAUGGCCAAAAUUAUUAUGACGGCCAAUCUUGGGGUCAUCAAGAUGAUGAUCAAGACCAUGAUCAAGACAAUCUCCAAAACUGUGAUGUUGCCCAAGACGAUUUUCAAGACGAUAACCAAUGCUGUGAUGAUGCGCAAGACGAUGUUCAAGAUGUCCAAUCAUGUGACCAAGAUGAUGAUCAAGACGAUGUCCAAGAUGAUGACGUCCAAGACGAUGACGAUGUCCAAUACGAUGACGAUGUCCAAUACGAUGACGAUGUCCAAUACGAUGACGAUGUCCAAGACGAUGACGAUGUCCAAUACUGUGAUGACGACGACGAUGUCCAAGACGACGACGAUGUCCAAGACGAUGACGAUGUCCAAGACGAUGACGAUGUCCAAGACGAUGACGAUGUCCAAUACUGUGAUGACGACGACGAUGUCCAAGAUGAUGCCCAAUCAUGUCAAGAUGUGCAAUCAGAGGAAGUGGAAGAUGAAGAUGAAGAAGAAUAUGAAGAAGAAGAAGAAGAAGUGGAGGAUGAUGAAGAGGAAUAUGAAGAAGAAGAAGUGGAAGAUGAUGAAGAAUACGAAGAAGAUGAUGAAGAAGAAGAAGAAGUGGAGGAUGAAGAAGAAUAUGAAGAAGAAUACGAAGAAGAUGAUGAAGAAGAAUACGAGGAAGAAGAUGAAUACGAUGAAGAGGAAUACGAAGAAGAUGACGAUGAUGAUGACGACUAA